AUGGAGGAUUUUUUUCUUUCCAUCGCAACAAAGAUUGCAGAAUAUGCAGUGCAUCCAAUUUUACAUCAUGCUCAAUACUUGUGUUGUUUCAACAAAUUUGCUUCCAAUCUUCCAAAUGCCAAAGAACAAUUGGAAUUGACUCGAGAUGAAGUGAAGGAGCGAAUUAGAGAAGCCAUAAAUAGAGUUGAAAAAGUUGAGCCAACUGUUGAGAAGUGGCUGAAAGAUGUUGAAAAAGUCUUAGAAGAAGUGCAAAUGCUCGAAGAAAGAAUAUUGAGCUUGAACAAAUACUAUUUUAGAAGGCAAUGUCAAUAUUCCCUUGCAAAACAAAUAGAAAGAAAAACAUCUGAAAUGAUUCAGCUCCAUCGUAAUAACAAGUUUGAACCGUUUUCGAAGAUUACUGAACUCCCAGGCAUGCAGUACUAUUCUUCCAAAGAUUUCUUUAUGUUCAACUCUACAGAAGCAUCUUACAAGAAGCUUCUAGAAGCAUUAAAUAAUAAAAGUGCUUUUAUAAUUGGAUUAGUUGGAUUAGGAGGGUCAGGGAAAACUACUUUGGCAAAAGAAGUGGGUAAAAAAGCUGAAGACAUGAAACUCUUUGAGAAGGUUGUCUGGGCAACAGUGUCUCAACCUCUAAAUAUAAGAAGUAUUCAAGAUCAAAUUGUUGAUCAAUUGGGCUUCAAGUUAACGGAAGAUUCAGAUAUAGGUAGAGCUCGUAGGCUAUCAGAGAGAUUGAAAAAAGGUACAACUCUUAUAAUCAUGGAUGACAUAUGGGAAAUUCUAAACUUUGAAACUUUGGGUAUUCCGCUUAAUGAAAGCAGUAAGGCUUGUUGCAUAUUGAUAACUACACGAAGUAAAGAAGUAUGCACUUCUAUGCAAUGCCAAAGUAUAAUUGAACUUAAUCUUUUGAGUGACGAGGAAGCUUGGACUUUGUUCAGACAUUAUACAAACAUAACUGAUGACUCCUCAGAAGCUUUGAAAGGUGUGGCAAGAAAAAUUGUUAAUGAGUGUAAGGGAUUGCCCAUUGCAAUUGUGACAGUGGGAAGCACGCUAAAGGAUAAAACUAUUGCAAAUUUUGAGUUAGCAUUGUCAAGGCUAGAAAAUUCUAAGCCACUAGAUAUUCCAAAAGGCUUAACAAGUCCUUAUGUUUGUCUUGAAUUAAGUUACAAUAAUUUGACAAACCCAUUAGCUCAAUCCUUAUUAUUGUCAUGUUCUAUGUUUCCAGAGGAUUAUGAAAUAGAUUUGGAAGAUUUGUUUCGAUUUGGAAUGAGAUUUGACAUAAUUGGGACGUUUGGAACGAUGGAGAACGCAAGGAGAGAGAUGGAUGCAGCUAUUGACAUGCUCAAGAAUUGUUUUUUGUUAAUGCAUGCAAAAGAAAAACAAAGGGUAAAAAUGCACGAUUUGGUUCGUGAUGUAGCGUUGUGGAUUGCGUCUAAAAGCGGUAAAGCAAUUUUCACAGGUACUGAAGUGGACCCAAGAGCUUUGGCAGAUGAUGAAUCCCUGAAAGAUAAGAAAGCAAUAGCCGUAUGGGGUUUGAAAAGUUAUGAUGUUCUCAAUUAUAAAAUAAACCGUCCAAUACUUGAAACUCUCUUGCUUUCUUUUAAUGUGAGUGGUGGCGUAAAAGUAUCAGAUGGGUGUCUUCAAAGCUUGGAAAACCUUAAAACCUUAGCAAUCUUAAAAUCUCGGUGGAAGAGCGAUGCAUUGUCUUUGCAAGAGUCAUUGAAGUCAUUAAAAAACCUUCGAACACUAUGCUUGAGGGGUUUUGAUUUAGGUGACAUAUCUUUUGUGGAAAUCUUACAAGCACUUGAGAUUCUUGACUUACGUGACUCUUAUUUUGAUGAUUUGCCUAUUGGGAUUGUAGAAUUAAAGAAGUUGAGGCUUUUGGAUUUGUACGAAUGUUGGAUGACGAAAAAUGAAAAUGUUGAAGUUUACAAAGUUGUGGGAAAAUGUUUGCAGCUUGAGGAAUUGUAUUUUCGUUUGAGUUAUAAUUAUAAAAAGGACUUUCCAUAUGAUGUCUCUUUCUCCAGAUUACAAAGAUAUGUUAUAGAAAUUGGUGAUAAUCGACGUACUCUUGAUGAUAUUACUAAGCUUAUGAAAAAAUAUGGACAACCUAGAAGUUUAAUAAUGAAUGGGUUUGAUGUUGCUCCUCAAAGUUUUAUAUCAUUACCAAUCAAGGAUCUAUUUAUAAGAGCAGAGUUCCUUUGUUUGAGGUACCAGAGAAAUUAUAAAAAUAUAAUCCCAUCCAUGGAUCCACAAGGCAUGAAUCAAUUGAUUGCCCUGAGACUCUAUCAUGCUUCAGGUAUAGAAUGUCUCGUUGAUAACACUGAAAAGGAUAAAACUGAAGUAAUUGCAUUCUCCGGGCUUGUUUACUUAAGUUUGGUAUACAAUUAUAGCCUUCGAGAGGUGUUUCGUGAUCCCUCUUCGCGAUGUUCUCUCAAAAAUUUACAAGAGCUCGAGAUAAAAAAUUGUGGAAGUUUAUAUAGCAUAUCCUUUCCAAGGAAUUCAAAACUAUGCAAUCUAAAGGUCAUUUCAAUAUCAGAUUGCUACAUGCUAAUUUCUCUUUUCACGUCAUCCGUUGUUCAAACUCUAGAGCUGUUAGAGGAUCUAAGAAUAUCUAAAUGCAGAUCAUUGAGACACAUAAUUGAAGAAGAGAAUGAUGUUCUUUCAAGCACUCAAAGUCAUUCUUCUUUGACGCUCCCAAAAUUAAGAUUUCUUUUCAUUGAAUAUUGUGACAAUUUGGAGUAUGUGUUCUCUGUGUUUUUAGUCCAAGGGCUUUUAAGUUUGGAAAGUGUGGAUAUUAUGCGCAACCGAGCGUUGAAGUAUGUAUUUGGCAAUGAAAAGGAGCAUAAUGUUGCAGGGUACCCAAGUUUCCAGCAGACUAAUACCAUAACAAAUUUGUUUAAUUUGAAUACUUUGACAUUUAGUGAUUUGCCAAAUCUAAUUGCCAUUUGGCCUGAAUAUUUUCGUGCUCAUCUCCCAAGUCUUAAUGAUUUAUCUUGUCGUUAUUGUCCAAAAUUGUCCAUACAUAAGGCGAUGAAUGCUUCAGAUAUCCAGCAACAGACAACUCCAACGGAGAAUGGAAUACUAUGGUUGAUUACCAACACACUCAACCGAUUGGAGGAUGAUCCAUUGUCUCACCCCCAACUCAAAGCUGUCCUCAAAAUUAUAAGACUUCAUUUGAAGGAUGUUAGAAUGAAAGGUAUCUUCCAAUUCCAAAUGGGAGAAGAAGGGGGCACUACAGAACUGCUUCCCCUAAACUUGGAUAUUAAUUAUCUAAUAUUGGAGAAUCUACCUGAGCUCAACUUCAUAUGGAAAGGUCCCACAAGUUUUCUAAGCCUCCAAAACCUUCACCUAAUUUAUGUGGAUGGAUGUCCAAAAUUGAAAACCAUCUUCUCCACCACAGUUGUUACAAGUUUACCAAUGCUGAAAUAUCUGAAUAUAAGAAACUGUGAUGAAUUGGAACAAAUAUUUGAUUUAGGUGAUGCAUAUCAACUCAAUAGCCCAUAUUCUUCCCAACAAGUCUGCUUCCCAACUCUCUCAAGUAUUACAGUUCAAAAGUGCAAUAAGUUGAAAUGUCUAUUUUAUAAUCUCUCGGCUUGUCAUUUUACUAGUCUGAGAAGAUUGAAAAUACAAGAGUGCUCUCAGUUACACAAGGCUUUUGCAUUUAGUGAAGAAGAAGAGAUGGGUAAGGAUGGAGAACAAGUACUGUUACAGAAAUUGAAAAAUAUAAGACUCAUAAAUUUGCCAAACUUGGAAGAGAUUCACCAGGGAUUUAAGUUGAAAGAAGAUGUUGAACAAACAUUAGAGGAAUGUCCUAAGUAUUCUCCAAGUUUAUAUCUACAUCAAGAUAUGUAAAUAGAAUGCUACAGCAUAGUCUUGAUUUGAAAAAGAAAGGAGUGAUAUGGACAAUGCAACUGAUACGCUGCAACAAAUUGGUCAGGUGACACGUGAGACAUAUUAAAGCUUAAAUCAAAUGUUACAGUCAUUCUGGAAACAGGUAUCUACAGUACUAUGUAUAAACAAUUCCUGGAGGGAAGCAGAGUGUAGUGACGAAUUGGGUGUGGGGAUAAUGUUGAAAUCUGUACAUAAAUAAUCAAUAAUACAAAGACAGAAAGACAGUUGUUCUGCUACCAUACACAUUGCCGAAUCUUGUUAUAUAUUUAUCUUUGUGUUUAUUAUGAGAUGUCUAAGUCUUAUAUCUUGUAUCGUUAAUAUGAUAUGU